AUGCGUGUCGAGUUCGCGGUGCCCUCGCCGUCCGACAGCGCCACGGACUACACGCUGGAUAUGGGCACGCAGAUGCAGCCCCCCGCUUCGGCGGACCAUGCGGCGUCCGCGCCCUCCGCCCCCAAAAACUUACGGCGCGGCAACACGUUCACAGGCGCGGGCAACGAGGAGGAAGCACGUAACAUCAUCUCUCUACGGUAUCGUGCCGACAGUAUGGCAGACUCGGUGGCGUCCGACUCGAAGCCCAACGCGGAGACGAAGCUGUGGAACCUCUUCGAGCAGGUUUUCUGCUUCCUCAAGGGCAUGACCAUCUACCAGACGCGACGACGACUUAAGUUUACGAUCGUGUCGCAGACGAUCAUUAACUCGCUGCGUAUCUUCCCCAUUAUUUUGGGGCUGAGCUUCCAGGCCACAGUGCCUGUUGCCAUCCUGUACGUAACGCUCGUGCUGGGCUGGCACGGCACCAAGUUCCUCGUGCCCAAGUUCCUGCUCAGCUACAAGAUCGGCAUGCAGCUCACGUUGCUAGUGGACGUAAUCUGGUACUACAAGGGCUACAAUGGCAAGCUUAACAGUGUCAGUAGCGGUACUUCGGUGCUCAUGCAAGGGUUCUUCUCCAUCCUACUGACUAUGCUCAACAUCACCGGCUUUCUAUACGGCUGGAAGCUGCGUCGCAUCGUCAAGGCUGUUCAGAACCAAAGAGAAUGCGACCGAGCUGCAUUGGCCACGAUGAUGCCGUCCCCGCAGCGUGUUAACUCGCUGCACCAGACGCUGUCCAUUAACCCGUCGGCCGAGAUGGACCUGGACGAAGGUCCAUCCGCACGUCGUAACAUCACUGUCGGUCCAGGAAUCCCGAACAGCAGUCUAAGACGUACUCAUUCGGGCAUAUCAGCGUCGCUACCGGGAGCACUGAAGACCAAGAAGCAGCGCAAGAAGGAGGCAGAGGCCCAGGAAGAGGCGCCCGUGUUCUGCUCCAACCUCAUUCUCACGAGCAAGUACACGUACUACAACUUCCUGUUCGUCUUUCUCAAGAUGCAGUUCAGUCGACUCGCCAAUCUGUACACGACGAUCGUGGUGGCGUUGUGCUUCUUCGACUUUUCGCCCGUUAGCCCCGUGGCUAGUCUUACGCCGCUGUUGAUCGUGUUUGCGACGUCUGCAUUGAAAGAUGUGAGUGAGGAUCGUCGUAGACAGAAGGGAGACGCUCAGGUUAAUUCCAGACCGGCUCAUAUUGUGCGUCGUGAUGAGUUGGAUGAGGUGAUGCACAUUGAUGGCACCUGGCAGGAUAUUGAAGUGGGAGACGUACUGCUACUUAGGGAUGGCGAUCAGGUUCCUGCGGACUGUAUUCUACUGGCUACGAGUCGACCGGAUGGCAGGUGCUACGUGGAGACAGCGAACUUGGACGGAGAAACGAACCUGAAGAUCCGACAGGUGGCCAGCUGCACGAAGCACUUCUUGACGGCUGAAGAGAUCUUGGAUCGGUAUACUCUUGAGGUGCAGUGCGAUGUACCGAACAAGGAUUUGUUCUACUUUGACGGUGUUUUGAGGCUUGGAAAAAUCGCAGACGACACUGUUGCUGACGCCAACAAAGAAGACACGGAAACCAGUUUGACAAUGGACAACUUGAUCUUGCGAGGCAGCGAAAGCCGCAACGCUGAGUGGACACUUGGACUUGUGAUCUAUUCGGGAAAGGAGACGAAGGUGCAGAUGAAUUCGGUCGCAGUGCCGCUGAAGCGCAGCUUUGUGGAGAAGACUUUGGAUACUAUGUUCGUGCUGGUUCUGAUGCUGCUUUUCGGGAUUUCGAUUGCUUGCACGCUAGGCAAUAACAACUGGAACUUGGAUCUGGCCGAUGAGUCGACGCCGUGGUACAUUCGGGAAGACUCGAAUGGCUACAUCUUCUUGAGUUACGUUAUCUUAUUCAACAACUUGAUCCCACUCUCGAUGUACGUGACGAUGGAGGGUGUGCGCUUCGUGCACGCGCGAUAUAUCGAAAACGAUCUGGAAAUGUACGACACCAAGACCGACACACCAGCGCAGGUUCGCAACAGUAACAUCAACGAAGAUCUUGGACAGAUUCAGUACAUUUUCUCUGAUAAAACAGGUACUCUCACUUGUAACGAGAUGAUCUUUGCCAAGUGCACGAUCGGCGGUCUCCGCUACAAUGACAUUGAAGUGGACCCUGCGAAGCGGGCGAGACCGGGCACACGCUUUAACGAUGGGCGAUUGCUGGCGCGAUUGAACUCGAACCACUCGACCAAGAAGGAAAUUCACGACUUCUUGUUGCUGCUUACGAUUUGCAACACUGUAAUCCCGGAAACCAGUGUCCCUACGUCUCCUACGUCCAGUAGUGACUCGUGUUCGGUGGAAACUCCGACGAUCAAGUACAAUGCGUCAUCUCCAGACGAAGAAGCUCUUGUGCUGGCUGCUGCCGACCUCGGCUACGUGCUCGACUCGCGUGACGGCCCAAUGUGCCACACACUCAUCCAGGGCAGACCCAUGUCGUUUGAAAUUCUGAAUGUGCUGGAGUUUAACAGCGACAGGAAGCGUAUGUCGGUCAUUGUGCGCUUCCCGGACGGCAGUAUUGUGCUCUACUGCAAGGGUGCUGACGAUAUUAUUUUUGAUCUACUGUCCAAGUCACAGCCUCAGGGUGUAGCACACGUGACGCGGGGUCAUCUCCAGGAGUAUGCGUCGGAAGGUCUGCGGACGUUGACGACUGCUUUGCGUCGUCUUACCCAGGAGGAGUAUGACCAGUGGAACCAACUGUACCGUCAAGCAGAGUUUUCUAUGGACGGCCGCGCUGCUAAGAUUGCUAAGGUCUCAGCUAUCAUUGAGGUGGAGUUGACGUUGCUUGGUGCGACAGCUAUUGAAGACCGACUGCAGGACGGCGUGGAGGAGUCCAUUUGUGCUUUACGUAAGGCUGGGAUUAAGUUCUGGGUGCUCACGGGUGACAAGAAGGAAACUGCGCUAAGUAUUGGUAUGUCGUCGCAUGUGAUCGAUGACAACAUGGAUGUGAUCGUCUUGGGUCAACGUGACAAGGGCUCGCUGCGUACAAGACUGGAGGAAUUGUACGUCGAUCUCGUGGAGGACAAGUGGGGAUCUGAUGAAACCUCGUCGGCCAUUAGUGUGUUGUGGGAAGCAUUGAAGCGAGCGAUCUUGUACUUGUGGGACAUCGUCAAACUAGCGUUGGUGGGGCGUGACGAAGAAGCAGAAGCUCGAAAGAAGCGGAGACGUCUGCCUCGUCGUGAACACGCUGGCGCUGAUGCGGCGCCGACAGAGAGCCCUGCUCACUAUGAUGAGGUUUAUCCGGCUCUACCAAACCGUGACGUUACUGAGAAUAGCUUCAAUCGAGACCUGAACUGGAGUUUGCCAUGGUGA